GGCCACUCAGUAAAAGACAAUCAAACAUGUUUGAGUUUCCAUGCGCAGUGACUAGGGAGGUAAAGCCAAGGCAUUAUUACCCCUCCUCCUCGAUCCUCGGUUUCUCCGACCUCAGCACAGAAGAAACGUUUUAAAUCACAUUUGAUCCGAACAAGCCCUUUCUUCAUAAAAGCUGGACAUGAGAUGCGAUUUGUUUUCGCGGACGGAAAGAAGGAAACAUUAGAUACGACCUGUUGGCGAUGAUGGAUUUCUCAAAGGCGCAAAUGUCAAGCCUCUCAGAGCAGGGCAGUCCUGCUGGGCUCAAACUAGAGGCUGUGAUGGAGCAUCUGCAGAGACAACAAGGGGCCAAGCUGGAGGGCAGCCUGCAAGAGAAGCAGCUCCAGUUCCUGUUCGCUCAACACGCAGCUGCAGCCGCUGCUGCCCGUGCCAAUGCUGCCAGAAUUGAUCCUGCAUUAUUCGGUAAAGGGACACAGAUGUUUCACACUCAACACAUGAGCAGCAUGAGCGCACCAGAGAUGGAGAGGGACGAAGAUGAGGAGGAUGAGGACUCAGAGGAGGAAGAGCCAGGUCUGCCCGGACAGGGCCUGCAAGGACAAAGUAUGAUGGGACAUGGCCUACAAGGACCAGGGGACCAUGAUGAUGGGGAGGACGAUGGAGAUGAGGAUGAAGACGAGGAGGUCAAUCCAGACCUCAAGAAACCCAGGCUGCAGCCACUGCCAGGUUACAACUACCCUCCCUUCCCCACCUCUCAAGCCUCCACUGGGGGCCAAAUGUCCGGCUCUCCUCCUUCUGCCAUAAAAGAAGAAGACAAGGAGGCGCUGUCUCCAGCCGGCCAGUCCUUCACAUCCCCCAAUGGCUUGUCUGAAUGGGGCUACGAUGAGUCAUUCAAACAACAGAGAGGUGGUGCAAUCUGGGCUGAAGAGAGCGACGGAGGCAAAGCAAGGGGGGAACCAUCAAGGGACUUUGCAAAGCUUUACGAACUUGACAAUGAUCCUCAGAGAAAAGAGUUUUUAGAUGAGUUGUUCGUCUUUAUGCAAAAACGAGGAACCCCAGUGAACCGCAUUCCCAUCAUGGCCAAGCAGGUGCUGGACCUGUACAAACUUUAUAAACUGGUGACAGAGAAAGGAGGCCUGGUGGAGGUGAUAAAUAAGAAGAUUUGGAGAGAGAUCACUAAAGGACUCAACCUGCCAACCUCAAUCACAAGUGCUGCCUUCACUCUACGCACACAGUAUAUGAAGUACUUAUACCCAUUCGAGUGUGAGAAGAAGGGUCUAAGCUCUCCUGUGGAGCUUCAGGCUGCCAUUGACAGUAACCGCAGAGAAGGGAGACGUCCCAGUUACACCAACAGCCUGUACAGCUACUCCCCCUCCCCCGGGUCUGCCUCGCACGCCCUGCUCGGCUCACCCACCCUCCAGGCCACUCCAACUGGGCAUAAUGGCGUCAGCGCCUCCGCCAGCCCCAAUCUCAAGAGAAGUGCAGAAGAAGCUACUUCUCUGCUCCCCAGUCGACUGCCCAUGGCCCUUGCCCUGGGACAGCAACAGCAGCAGUUGGCACAGGCUGCAACUCUGGAGCACCUUAGGGAGAAGUUGGAGCGUGGUACAGGAGGAGCACAGGACGGUCCUGAGAAGAAGAUGAUGCGAUUGGCCGAGGAGCAACAGCGCCUCAUGCAGCAAGCCCUACAGCAGAAUCUCCUGGCCAUGGCCUCUCAUUUCAAACCUAUGAACCUAAAGCUCAAUAAUGGCCAGGACAAUAAGCAGGACAUGUCCUUCUCCAUCUCCACUAAUGGAUCAGCCAGUAUCAGUGUGUCAGUGGAGGUCAACGGCACAGUUUACUCAGGAACCCUCUUUGCUCAGAAGGCCUCAGCUCCUCCUGUGGCCUCGCAGACAGUCACAGCAGCAGGCACCAGCGGCUUCAGCGCCCUCUCCUCUAACCUCUCCCCCUCCUCUUCCUCUUCCCCCUCCUCCUCCAAGGGACCCAACUAAAUCUCACCCACAAAUAACAUACCUCUCUUGUCAAACAACCACACAACCUCAACUUUACAAUGAUCAAAUGGUUUCCCUCUCAGGAAAUGUUUUCUUUAUCUAAUAUUUAUAGCAUUGCUUUUGUAUUUUUCUCUCAUAGCUAUUAUAGUUUGCAAAGGAAAGCAAGUCAGAGACCAAACGGUUACAUUUAAACAAGAUAUGUGAUUCAAAUCAAUUUCAAGUGCACAGUCUGAAUGUAAGUCUUGCAUAUUCAUGGAACCUUGUAGUUGUGAUAUAUUAACCUCAAAUCAUCAAAGCUUCAGGUAUCAGAUUGCCAUAUAGUGCCUGGUAGGAGCGCUUUAAUGUAGUGGCAUUGUUUUCUAAAGGGCUCUCCUGGUUGGUCAGAAUUGUCUCGAGAAAACAAUAGAGAAAUUCAAUCUUGAUAUGUAGGUGUCGACUACUUUAACAGCUUGGUUUAUGAUACAGUUCUUGUCAAUAGAACAAUGAGGUCUCCAAAGUGUAGCUAACAAAGACCAAAAAGCCUUAGUUCCUGUCUCCUUAUAUACAUAUAUAAAUGCAUUUGUGUUUAUGUAUAUAUGUAUUUACGUACAUGCAUACAUACACACACACAUACACACACGUCUAUGUAUGUAUGUAUGUGUGUAGAUGUUAUUCUUUCUAUAUAUAUCUAGCCAUUGUGUGUCCCUGUUAACUUGACGUGUUUGAGGCAAUCUUAAAAUCAAGUUCACGACCUAUUUCUGCAAAAGUUUGUACAUAAAAUAUGACUUGAAAUCAAGAUUGUAGGUGGAAUUGGUUCAUGGAUUUUUAUAAUUUUAUUUUUUUGGUUUGGUUUUUGAUAUUGCACUAAUGAUUUGACUUGGCCUCAAAUACGCAAAUUAUCUCUUAGUUUUUGUCUGUUAUUAAAAAGGCAAGAGGAUGCAGUCAUUUGGGUUUUUGAUACACGUGGUUUCUUCUGAAUGUAGGUGUAACAAUUUACCUCAAUUUAUUCAGCGCUCAGGAAGUUUUACCGUUCACUGUUAUACUAUAUACUGCUGAUGUAUUUUAUAAAGACAGAGAAUGUGUCCUUAAUAAAAUAACCUCAUUUAUGUACACAUUCUGAAACAGUGCUACCUCACACUUCUAAAGAAAUAUGCAAUACUUUAGGCAGCAUUUUUUUGUUGGCUGUAAGUUAACUAAGUGGACAAUCAAGAUGACAUAUCAUUGCAAAUGUCACUGUGAGCUAUAUAGAAAACCUUAUGUAACCUCAGUUUUGUCACAAUUAUAAUGUAUUUCUUGGACCUGUGGCCAUGAAUAAAACAAUCAUGUGUGCUGUA